GUAUUGGAAAAGAGCUAGCACUAGAGGCCGAGGGCGUGUUACAUGAUCACUAGCCAACAUUGCAAUAUCACCUGGCCUCUCGAUCUUCUUUGUAAGUUCUAUUCAAGUUAUUAUCCUCCUAGAUCUUCUGUAUUUAAGACCCCACGAUCUCCAGAUAAUUUUCCAAGUAUCCUUCAGCUUCACCCUCUCUCUCUCUCUCUCUCUCUCUAGCAAAUCAUUUCCGCCAUUUCAUAGCCAUGUUACCAAGGAGUCGUACACUUCCAUCCAGGAUCCACCAUGGCGCGGUAGAGGAGAGGCAUGACUUCAGGCACUACCUGCAAGUAGAAGUCCAACCUAAAACCCAGGGUACCGAGGCUGAAUCCAUAAACCCUCAGUCCAACUACUCCAAGUGCUUUGAUGAUGAUGGCCGCUUGAAGAGAACAGGGACUUUUUGGACUGCAACUGCACACAUUAUUACUGCGGUCAUUGGUUCUGGAGUGCUGUCAUUGGCAUGGGCCAUAGGGCAGCUUGGUUGGGUUGCAGGACCUGUCGUCAUGAUCCUCUUUGCCCUUGUUAAUGUCUAUACCUCGGGCCUUCUAGCACAGUGCUAUAGGUCCGGUGACCAAGUGACCGGACAGAGAAAUUACACCUAUAUGGAUGCUGUCAAGGCUAACUUGGGGGGAAAAAAGGUAAUGUUAUGCGGGUUGAUUCAGUAUAUAAAUCUAUUUGGAAUUGCGAUAGGGUACACAAUUGCAGCAUCAGUCAGCAUGAUGGCGAUAAAGAGAUCAAACUGUUUCCAUAAAAGUGGUGGGAAAGAUCCGUGUCACAUGUCCAGCAAUGGGUACAUGAUAACAUUUGGAAUCAUAGAGGUGAUAUUCUCUCAGAUUCCGGACUUUGAUCAAGUGUGGUGGCUCUCUAUAGUCGCAGCAAUUAUGUCAUUCACAUACUCCAGUGUUGGUCUUGGUCUUGGCAUAGGCAAAGUAGCAGAAAAUGCGAGUUUCAAAGGAAGUCUACUGGGCAUUAGUAUAGGGACAGUAACACAUGCCGGAACAGUCACUGCUACACAGAAGAUGUGGAGGAGUUUGCAAGCUCUUGGAGCUAUUGCCUUCGCAUAUUCUUUUUCCAUCAUCCUCAUUGAAAUCCAGGACACAAUAAGAUCUCCUCCUGCAGAACACAAGACCAUGAAGAAAGCUACUUUGUUCAGCAUCGCUGUAACGACAGUGUUCUAUAUGCUGUGUGGAGCCAUGGGAUAUGCAGCCUUUGGUGAUGAAGCUCCCGGAAAUCUUUUAACUGGAUUUGGAUUCUACAACCCCUACUGGCUACUAGAUAUUGCAAAUGUAGCCAUUGUUGUCCACCUCGUUGGUGCAUAUCAGGUCUUUUGCCAGCCUUUGUUUGCAUUCAUAGAAAAAUGGAGUGCGCGGAAGUGGGCCAAGAGUAAUUUUGUAACAGCCGAAUAUGACAUCCCUAUCCCCUUCUUUGGUAUUUAUCAGCUUAACUUCUUCCGUCUAAUAUGGAGAACAAUCUUUGUUAUUUUGACAACCCUCAUCUCCAUGCUCAUGCCUUUCUUCAACGAUGUUGUUGGGAUACUUGGGGCCUUUGGAUUCUGGCCAUUGACAGUUUUCUUUCCCAUUGAGAUGUACAUCUCUCAAAAGAAGAUUGCACGUUGGACAAGCAGGUGGAUAGGGCUUCAGAUGAUAAGUAUGACAUGCCUCUGCAUUUCUAUAGUCGCUGCAGUCGGCUCCUUUGCUGGAGUUGUUCUGGAUCUCAAGACUUACAAGCCAUUCAAAACUAGUUAUUAAGAAAGAGCCAUGAUUACCCGUAUUAUUUUUGGGGUUCUAGUAAGGAAUAAACCCAAACUAGCUGCUUCUUUUUAUCAGAAAGAAGUUUCGAAGUAAUUUUCAUCUUUAAUAACCAAGUAUUUGAUAGUUUUGUCAAUAUGGCCUAACCACACACACAUCCAAGCAUGACAUGAAAGACUAAUGACGUGUUUUUGUCUUUGUGAUAAUGUAUAAACUUGUUUCAUGGAUCGGAGUAUGAUACCGACCAUGACGUAGCUAAUUAAAUACCCUGGUGUCUGGAUCAA